UUCCUUUCCCUCUUCGACGUUCAACGGCUAGAGACGAAUGCUGGAACCGAACUCGUCUCCUAGCAACGACCAACAUCUAAACGACCAACGGUUUUUAUUUGAUUCUAUUCAUUUCCAAUUUAGUAAUUCAUUCUAAAUCCUAAUUAUUCCUAAUAUAAACUUAAAAAAUGGGAAAGAAAAAUCGACUUAGACUUGAGAGACAGAAAAAACUGCAGAAGCAAGUGGACGACCACAUGAAGACCCUAAACAUCGCUCCAGUACCAGGCCUGGCAGAAAACACCAGGGAACUGGUAACAAAAAUGAUGAGUCAUCCGGGUUACAACAAUCCAAACUAUAAAUGGAGCCUAGACGAUUUUGAAUUAGGAAAGCGCCUGGGAAGAGGUGCAUUUGGCAGAGUGUUUUUGGCGCGUGAGAGACGCAGUGGAUAUUUGGUCGCUGUGAAAACUCUAUUAAAAAAGGAUGUUGUCGAGGAAGGCUCGGAAAGAGAUAUAUUGCAUGAAAUAGAAAUCCACAGUCACCUGAAACAUCCUAACAUAAUCCAAAUGCUAUGCUGGUUCCACGAUUCCCACAGAAUCUACAUAGUUUCAGAUUAUGCUGGUCAAGGAGCUGUGAGCCAACAUUUAAAAGACGCGGGUAGAUUUGAUGAUCAAAGAUCCGCUAAAUAUAUUUAUCAAGUUGCGGCUGCUCUGGAAUACUGUCACGACAACCAUGUCAUUCAUAGGGAUAUCAAGCCAGAAAACUUGCUCCUAGAUGUCGUUGGCGAUGUUAAAGUGGCGGAUUUUGGUGCCUCCAAGCACUCGCCUUCAUUGACAGCAAACUCUUUUCGCGGCACUGUGGAUUAUAUUCCACCUGAAAUGGUUGAAGUCAAAGAAUAUACAUAUCUGGUCGAUAAUUGGUGUUUGGGAAUCUUAUGCUAUGAAUUUUUGCAUGGUUACCCUCCGUUUGAAGCCGAUACAUCAGCUGAGACUUUCAGUCGAAUCAGAAUGCGAGAUUUGCAUUUUGAUGAACACAUUAAUAAGAAGGCUAAGGAUUUUAUUUCUAAGUUGAUUGUCCUAAACCAGAAGAAAAGAAUGUCCUUAAAAGAUGCUAUGAAGCAUCCGUGGAUCAUGGAGAACUACGUUAAUCUUAACAAUUAAGGGUGAGUAAUAAAGACACACUUUGAACCAGAGCUGAUUGGAUUUUUUAGAAACGAUCCUUAAAACAUUUUCCAAUCAUCUAAUCGGCUCUGCCUUAUUCUAAGUGUGAUUUUUUUGCUUGUAUUUCUCACUAUUUUCUGUAUUUUGUUCCUGUCGUGACUACUUAUAUUAGGAUAGGUAGGUACUCUACAUAUUUGAGAAAUAUUUGUUUUUUGUACCUAUCUACAGUGAUUUUUCCGCUGAACGGGUAUAAUUUAGUUUUUAUUUGGGAGUUUUUUAUUUGAUUUGUAAUUUUUU